ACGGAGUCAGAUGGACGUCCUUCCCCACCAUGCCACCGCUUUCGGGCGACGACAUGUCUGGCUGGUUGGUUCCUCCAGCCAGACGGCGGACCCUCCCCAGGCAUUACUCAGACAUCACCACACUCCCGGAGAGAGGCCCUGAUGCCAUUCUCGUGCCAGCAGCUACUACUACCGUCAGCCCGCUUCAGCGCCAUACUAGAUCUGGAGCUUCUCGAACAAGCUCAGCAGAUCCCGUCCAUCCUCCUCGUAUCCAUCGCGCGUCUCGCCGCUCUCAUUCCAUCAUGCCGCAGCCGCCGCCGCCGCCGCCUCGUUUUCGCCGUCCGCCGUCGCUCCCGCCCGCCCUCCUCGCCCUGCUGGCAGGACUGCUAGUGGUUUCGUCGCUCGCCGUCGGAAGAGCGACAGAUUGGACGCCACCAGACGCGUCGCGCAUCUCGCAUCAUGGAGAGUCGCACGGGUCGCGAGCGUCGCUCGACAUCCCCAGUCCGACUCAGCGUCGCACGAGUCUCCUCGAGGCCGCUCCUUCGCGCCCACCGGCCGCCGGGCCCAUCCUCGAUGGCUCGCAGCUGUGUGCGCUGCUGGACCUCAACGCCGCCUGGCACCUCUGGCCCACCAACUCCAACCGCUCACGCCGCUGCGAUCAAUGGGACUACAUUCAAUGUACCCGACAAGGCUUCAUCGUAUCCAUUGACCUGUCGUUAGGUGCUGUCAAUGCAACCAUGCCGCUCACUAUCUUCUCUCGCAUGCCACAACUCAGACGCCUUGUGCUGUCAGACAAUCUGCUUUCCGGCUCCAUCACUCACCUCUCUCUGCCCUCCUCCCUGCGUGUGCUGGACCUCUCCCAUACGUCAAUCUCAGGCGCUCUGCCCUUAACUCUCUCUGCCCUCCCUGCACUCUCCUACCUAGACGUAUCGGCCACUUCGAUUUCUGACAGCCUACCAUCCACUCUCAGCCGCCUCUCUCUCCUCACAUACCUCAACGUUGGUGCAUGGAACAUCACUGGGCGAGUGGAGGACCUCUCAUGGCUUUCAAGCCUCACCAAUCUGCAUACGCUCCAUGCAUUUGUGCUGGAUGGCCUUGGCUCUGUGACUGGGGAUCUGCCAUCCCUCACCUUCCUUACCACUCUUAAAGCCAUGCAAAGCCUGUAAGCCUUCGAGUGAGGAUAUUG